AUGGGGCCUCCUCAACGCAGGAACGCCCACAAAUCGCCGAAAUCCAAACCACCAACGAAUGGAACCAUCAAGCACCAAAAGUCUGCGGAAAGACUGGUCCCAGAACCACCACCGAGUUCAGAAAGCGUCCAGGCCCCACCUAGUCUCGGGAUGGCACCAGAGGCGAGAUACCAGCACAACCUCAAGGUGUUACGACGCCGGGACCCAACAAUUAUUUCUAUCUUUGACCAGUUCAGCCAUAUCUGCGUCUAUCAAUGUCUAAACACAAAGUGGGAGAAGAUUGGGUGCGAAGGAAGCAUGUUCCUGUUCGAAUCGAGUACAUACCCACCAUAUGGGUUCUAUAUCUUGAAUCGUGCAGGAAGUCAAGACUAUAUCUCCAGGCUGUACCCUGAAGACUAUCUCAGUGCACAGGGCCAAAUCCUGGCGAUCCGUCACUUCGCCCAGUUCACCAACGACCGAUUGGCCAACCUCAAAGCUUCCUUAGGGGGUGAGCCCAUGCCGGGCCCGUUCGACGAGCGAUACAUCGUUCCGGAUGUAGAAUCGCUAACACACGACAUGAAGGGAGAGCAUUCUUUGAUGGGUUUGUGGUAUCAUUCGGAUGGCAAUAGGGAACCCCUUAGCCAGGUCAUGCAGCGACUUCACUCUUACAUCAAACGGAAUGAGCCUUACCCUGAAGAAUUCCGCUACGGUCCCGGUCAUCCUCCGCCUCCAAACCGCCUUAGAGCUGUACCUCGUUCAGCAUCGUCGCAGAAUACCACCAGUGCCGAAGCGUCGCAGGAGUCGUGCUCCGAGAGCGAGUCGUCCAAACCGGCGGAGUCUGACGUCGAGCGGCUAUUUGCUAAACUUGUCGCUGCUCCACAACAACAUGCCCCUCCACCUGAAUCUCAAGUGACCCCCAACACUGUUGAAUCGCUAUUCGCAAAGCUUAUUGUACCGCCCCCUGCUCCUGCGCCAUCCUGCCCUGCACCCACCGGUCUCAAUCUGCUCGACACCAUCUUUGCCUCGGCCCAAACACAAUCCACAAUCCAGUCGCCGCCGCCCCAGCAGCCCAAGAUAUACUCGCCCACACCCACAGUGUCAAAUGGGACAAAGAUUCUUAACCAAGAUGUUAUCUCCACUCUGCUCGGUCUUCCCCCUUCUCGCUCAGCUUCGGUUGCAUCCACCAGUGCUCGUUCGACCACGACAUCCAGAGACGGGGAUAAUGAGGAGGAAAGUGACGGUAAUCUCUCACCUGGUCAAUUUGGUCACGGCUCGGGAGAAUCGCGACCUGCAUCUACAAUGGGGUAUUCAGGCUUAUUAGGGGUACCGGACGUGGCAAGGAAUAAGCUCGGCCGUAUCAAGGGCGACGUCACCCCUCGUGCUUUUGCCCCUUCCGCCAUCGAGAGUGUAUCAUCCAUCGCCACUGUCCGAGGACAACCACAGCCUGCAGAUUCGACGUUAUCCACAACUCCUGUGACUAGCUACGUCAAACCAAGGGCAAAUAGGGAGUUGGUGCCUUUCGAGUCGGAUUCGGAGCUGUGGCCAUAUUCAGCUUCGCAUGCCGCCGACAGCCAGAGCCAGGGGAGCAAUGACGACAUCGUCGAACUCGACUUUGAAGAUACGAGCAUCUUGAGCAAUCCAGAUGCACUGUCGAAAGUGUUUUCGAAGAACAACGGACAGCUCAACGGCCACCCGAACACUUACUAUGACGAUGGAAACCACCAGCAGAGGAAUGUCAAUGGCCGAGAGAAGGGCUCCAAAGGAAGGAGAAAGGCUUCUCGUCGGGAACGAGAUGCUAAGGAGAGGGCAGAGAUCGAGAAGACGUGGGAGAUGCCGGAGUAUGUUGUGAACUAUACUGCCCAAGCUGCUGCACGACGUCAACAACUUGCGUCACCGCCUGCUUCGCCGUCGCCUCCUGUCUCACCUUCCCAAGUCCACCCUCCCACGUCAUCAUCGGGUCGCAGCAGCAAAGGACAGGGGCAGGUUGUGGUCGAAGCCGCUACGCCGACUAUGUCUGCGAAGCCCAACCCAAUGAUUGGGAUGAAUGGAAAUCAAUCCGGAAAGAAGCAACAGGCUGGCACUAACGGUGCCAGUGCGACGAAGAAUCAGUAUCCAUUAGACAAAGAAGUUACGAAGAACUGUAUUAUUACCGCCUUGGACGGCGUCGACAACUCUAGAACUGUGGGGAAGAUGGAGAAGGAACAGUUUGUCCAUCAGGUUAUGGCUUUGCUUCAUUCCGAUAGGGCAUUUGUCGAUGAUUUGUAUCAUCGGUAUAUGACCAGGUCGGCGUGA